UCCUUUCCUAUUCCCUAUAAAUCCACACCCAUUAGUCCCUUCCUCAUUAGUCAUUAAUUCCAAAUACUACUUCAAUGGAAUUUCACACACUCCCAAUCCCAUCCCUUCCUCCUCACCCCAUCCAAAUCACCAUCUCCUCGACUCCUUCCAUCCCUUCUAAUCCUCACAAUCAUCAAUGCUUCUCAAUCAUAAUUCAAUCAAUAUCAUCAAUACUAACAAGGUUUCAUGCAGGCUACUUUAGGAUAACAUUAUCCCUAGCAAGCCAAGCAUUGUUAUGGAAAAACCUUAUUCAACCCACAACCCAUAACACUAAUAAUAAUACUAUUAAUCCAUUAAUUCAUCAUAUUUUUCAUAGAUUUCACCCAAUUACUUUUGUGUCUUUUUGGGCAUUCUCACUUGCUAUACUUGUUCUUCUAUCUUUCAUUUAUGUCCUUCGUUGCGUCUUCCACCUUAAGAUGGUGAAAGAAGAGUUCCUACACCAUGUUGGUGUAAAUUACCUUUUUGCCCCUUGGAUUUCUUGGCUUUUGCUUCUCCAAUGCUCGCCUUGGAUUGAUCAUAAGACUGAGGCCCACCUUAGUCUUUGGUGGGCUCUUGUUCUUCCUGUUGUUCUUCUCGAUGUCAAGAUUUACGGCCAGUGGUUCACUACCAAAGGUUUAAAGUAUAAUUUGACUGUGGUAGCUAAUCCAACAAGCCAAAUGAGUGUGAUAGGGAAUUUAAUCGGGUCAACGGCGGCGGCCCGAAUGGGUUGGAAUGAAACAGCACUAAUGUUAUUCUCAUUAGGAAUGGUGCAUUACUUGGUCCUGUUUGUGACUCUUUAUCAACGACUAUCAGGAAGUGAUAAACUACCAGCGAUGCUUAAGCCGGUGUUUUUCCUAUUCUUUGCGGCGCCUGGAGCCGCUAGCUUGGCAUGGGGCUCAAUUUCUGGAAAGUUCGACAUAACCGCCAAGAUGCUCUUUUUUCUUUCCAUUUUUCUCUUCAUGUCUUUGGUAUGCAGGCCAUUAUUGUUUAAGAGAGCAAUGAGGAGGUUCAACGUGACAUGGUGGGCAUAUCCAUUCUCAAUAACAGUGUUAGCUUUAGCAGCCACAGAAUAUGCAGAAGAAGUUAAGGAAAAAUUAGCAAAUGUAUUAAUGCUAAUUUUAGUGUCAUCAUCAAUCUUGGUCACUUUCAUUUUGAUUCUACUCACACUUUUCAACUCCACAAUGCUCUUGCCUCAUAAUGAUCCUAUUUUCACCAUUACUACUACUACUACUGCUGCUGUAUCUCCUCAUCCUGAUGAUAGCCUACCGUCUACUGCUCCACCUACUGAAAUCAAAUAGGGCCGCACUAUAAUUAAGAAGUGCUUAUUAUGUAAGAAUGACGUGUUCUAAAUAAAUAAUAGUGAUUUGUAAUAAUCCCUAAAUAAUUGGAAAAUUUUUUUAGGGUAGGGCUUUGAUAAAGAUUUUAAUUUAUUAU